UAACCAAAAAAUAUCAGAAAUUCCGACCAGAAAUCGGAGCUACUCACUCCUAUUAAUUCUAUUUAUUUUACACCUCAUUCACCAAAAAUAAAGUCAUCAAUCAAGAAAUCAUAGGGAAUAAAAAUAAUUCUCCAUAAAUUCCUCCCAGAAAUUCAGCAAAUCUGGAUGACACCAAGGAAAGGAUGAUCGCAGCCUCAGAUCCGCUGGAAUAUUCACCAGGUGGUCGUGAAACAUACAGACGCCACCCAGGUUCAGUGAUUCACCAGCAAAAUGGUGAGAAUCGAACCCUGCAAAAUGACAGUGUUCUCCUUCAAAAGUUCAGUCAAGUAAACAUUUCGGACAAGUCCCUGAAGGAAUUUUGGUCGACUCGUGAGACACAAGUUCACGGCGAGGAGGAGCUCUACUGCUCCGGCAAAGUGGCAGUGCAUUCAAGGGGUUCACAACUCACUCGAGUCUUGCGUACGAGUUACACCUGUGACACAGAUAUAAAGCAUGCCCUGUGGUGCACCUUCUGCACGAAGCCCCCAAGCCACACCCUUUCACCCCCAGUCCCACCCCAGCAACCACCUGAAGAUCAAGAUGCACCUGAGAAAACAGUGGAGUGCAUCUGCCUGCUGGACUCAUACACCCUAAAAGUUUUCACAAAUACCGGUGAGGACUACGUAUCGAGCCUGCAAUUCCAGAUAUCCUCGGUAUGGCCUACAAAGUACGGAAUUCUCCUCGAGAAAUCCCAGGCGCCAGUUGCCUCUCGUUACACCUCCCUGGAAGCGAGCAGAUGGGCCCAGCAGCCCGAUCCAAGCCUCCCCACAGCUUUUUCCCUGACCCACCCGCUGGACGAGAUCUGUCCCCUCCUGAUGAAACACGGAAGCAUUAACUACAUGUCAGAGCCAAGCCAGCAGAUAGUCUUCACGUCCUCCAGUCCUUCCUUGGCAGUGGUCUACGACACAAAAACAGGUCUUCAUUCAGUCUACAAGAUCAGAAAAGCCUCCGCAGAGGAGAGACAAGUAGUCUGUGGCACAGGGGAUAUCACCCCAAGUCUCUUCAACCACUCGACAAGUGCCUCUCCUCUGCACCUCCCUGGAAAUGCCUCCGGGAACAAAAGCUGCAGUACGAAGACCCACUUAAGCCUCUUCGGUGUCCCCAAUCCCCAGCUGAGUGGCAUGGGGAUAAGUUUGGGAAUGUCGAACAGUCCAUUCGGCUCCAGAGGCACCUCCUACACGACCUCCUGCUCCGGAGGUGCUCCAUCUCCCCAACAGCACCAAACAACUCACUCGAGAUCCCAAAGUCCCAUGGCAACGAUCUCUCGUUGUCAGUCCCCCACCCAUCCAACGUUUUCUCCACUAAUUGGUGGCUCUCUGGGCCCCAUAAUCCACCAGACUCGUCUUCACCAGACUGUAAUGGCCACCAUCAUGUGUCACUCUCAACAUAAUCCCAGCAGCUGCAAUAGCUUUCACUUUCAAGAUGCUCCAGUCACAUCUAGCAAUCCCCUGUACCCAGAGAUCUGUCUGGAUCACGUGUGGACAGAGAACUCAGGGGUUCCCAAGGAAGUUCCAUCUGGAAAAGCCUCCAAGGUGCUUCUCACGUCAGAUCUCGUUGGCCAGGGAUACCUGGGGUACCUCGUGCCCUCGAGGUCACAAUUAUUUCUAGUAAGAAUCGAAAAAACCAACAAACAACAGGAAAUUAUCUUCGGUAUGGUGGCGAGUAUCGUCGCUAAGGAUGCUGUCAAUCUGCCAUCGAUUAACAUGAUUGCCACCCUGGAUCUCUCCAAUGGAGUAACACUGUACUCCGGUGUCACCUGUGUCGGGAAAGUCCACAUUCCCAGCUUCCACCCUGCAAUAGGCUGCAACUACUUUACCAGCAAUUUGGGACCUAAACUUGUGAGCUCACCCUUCCCGAAGAGGAGCUCCCUGAAUGCUCACCAUGUUGGAGGGGAUAUAAAAUUCGACGAGGCACUGCACACUCUGAGUCCUGUGGGCACCUGUGGAAGACCCUCGAUGCUCAUGGAUAAUUCCCUGCACGAGGCAGGAUUAAUAGGACUCAAAGAUGCUGUUGGAAAUAAGAUAACACUCGAGUAUGGAAACAAGAGCUUCUACAGAAUUUCAUUACCUACCUCGAGCACUUCUCCACUGGUCACCAAGUGCCUCAAGGCCCUGAGAAGUGUUUUACAGCGUGAUCUUGCUAUGCAGCUCCUGGUGAAGUGGUAUGGGGCGAGAAAUGCCCCAGGGCCUCAGGAUUUCUCAUUGUCUCAAGAGUGGCACCUGUUUAUUGUCGUUUUAUUUACCCUUUUGGGAUAUGACGUUGAUAAAUUGCCUCUUGUGAGGAGAAACGAUGGUGAUGGGUGUGCCGAGAGGAGCAGUCCUAUUGUUGUACCCAAGAAGCAGAAAACCAAUGACUCAGGAUCACAGGAGGACUGGCUGAAUAUUCUGACGUCUCAGGAGCACAGAAAUUAUCAAAAUCUCGUGGUGAAUGUUCUUCGUUUGAAUAAGUCUGUAGUAGUGAAGCCUGUGGCCAUUACAAAAGGGGAUCGCGAAGCCUCCGGGAGGAUCAGCACUCAGGCUAUACUAUUUCCUUAUUUACCUUUGGUCCUCUUCUCCCUUCAUCUGCUGUAUGAAGAAUUGAAACUCAACUGUGUUAUGUCUGAGAGCCUUCCUCUCCUCGCUCAGCUGCUCCAUCAGCUCAGCACUGAUCUCAACUUCAAUAUGUACUCACAUCAUUAUUUUCUUGAUCACCCUGGUCAUUGCUUGGACUCUGGCUCCUCACAGAUUACUCCUGGGGAUUUACAGAAGAUCACUCCACCCAAUUAUAUGCCCGUGAAGCCACCCAGUGUUUUUGAGACGUUGUAUCAGUUACUGAACACUGGAGAAACACUGGCUUAUCCUCAUCUCAGUCGGGUCAAUCCCAGGUCUAAAGGCAUUGUCCAGUUGGUGGCCUUAAUUGCUAAUGAGGGGAGGGUGACGUCCCUGGAGAUGGAGAAGUUUGUCAAGCUCAUUGUACCGGCAGGUAGUCGCGUCGAUUACAAGGAGACUGGAUUCAAGGCUGAUAAGGAUGUGUCAAAGAAGGUAGAGAUACCCAACGCUGACCGGAUAGUUCUUCUCUAUCACGAGAUGGGCAUGUCGAAGAAGGACUUGGAGACUCUUCCCCCAGGAGUUGCCCUUCUCCUGAAAGAUGUGAUGCAUCGUUGCAGAGAGAGGCCUCCAUCGACGUGGCCAACUCAGGCAUAUGAAUUGAUAGAUCGUCAGGAUCUGGCGACCCUCGAGAAACACCUGCAGAGCCUCCCCCACGGGCAGGAGACCGACUCGACUCCAACCUCGAUCCGCGACCCUGAGCAAGACGACGGCAUGACCUUCGACGAUGAAAUCCUGAAGUUGCGCUUUAAUAAGGAUCACCGAGUCUCAGAGGUGCGUCGUCUUCUCAAUUCCUCGAAACCCGUGAAGAUAUCAAUCGUUCAGCGCCCAGAAGUCUCGGAUCACGAGUUCAUUGAGGAGCAGGAGCGGCAUCUGCAUGCGUUGUGCUCAAGAACAAUGGCUCUGCCAGUGGCCCGAGGGAUGUUUACCCUGAGAACAUCAACUCCCAUCGUAACCGAGCAGCUUCCGGUGCCUAGACUGUGUCUCACAGGAAAAGCUGCCCUCCGAGGUACCACAGUCGAGCUGUCACACAUCGAUGUACCCCCGAAUAUGAAUCUCUGGCCACUAUUUCACAAUGGAGUUGCAGCAGGUCUCAGGAUUCACCCAGACGCCUCCAAUAUUGACUCCACUUGGAUAGUCUACAAUAAACAGCAACAGGGUGAAUUUGGAAUCGAGCACUCAGGCUUCCUGAUGGCCCUGGGGCUCAAUGGUCACCUGAAGAAACUCGCUCCCUUCAGCAUGUACGAGUACCUGGUGGAGUGUCACGAGUCAACAAACGUGGGACUCCUCUUGGGACUAUCGGCGACUCACCGAGGGACAAUGGACGUUUCCAUGACGAAACUCCUCUCCCUCCACGUGGAGACACUCCUACCACCGACGAGCAUCGAGCUCAAUGUCCAGCAGAAUGUCCAGGUGGCUGCCCUCAUGGGUGUGGGUCUCGUCUACGAGGGCACAGCCCACAGACACAUCUCCCACGCUCUUCUCUCGGAGAUAGGAAGGCCCCCAGGUCCUGAAAUGAAAAACUGCGUGGAUAGGGAAUCCUACUCCCUCGCUGCAGGCCUCGCCCUGGGGCUAGUUGUCCUUGGAAGAGGUGGAGGGGCUGAUUUGGCGAGCAUUCCUGAUACUCUCCACUACUACAUGGUUGGGGGCAACUCGAGGCCCUUCACCGGUGCCCAGAAGGAGAAAUAUAAAUCACCCAGCUAUCAGAUUCGAGAAGGCGACUCCAUAAAUAUCGAUGUCACCAGUCCUGGUGCAACCGUUGCCCUCGGUCUCAUGUACUUUAACACGGGUAAUCGAGCUGUUGCCGAAUGGAUGCGAGCCCCUGGCACUCAGUUUCUCCUGGACUUCGUUAGACCUGAUCUUCUCCUGCUGAGAAUUCUCUCCAGGUCUCUCAUCCUCUGGGACGAGAUCGAGCCAACCAAUAGCUGGGUAUCCUCCCACGUUCCUGAUAUCGUUUAUAAAUAUAGACUGCAGAAGCCAACGUCAGAGAUCGCUCAGAACGUCGACCUGGAGACGAUGAAUCAAGCGUACUGCAAUAUCAUUGCAGGUGCAUGUAUGGCACUGGGACUCAAGUACGCAGGGAGUGCCAAUGAUAACGCCUUCAAGAUUCUUUUAAAUUACGCUAAAAUGUUUACGGCUUUGUCUCACAAAUCGAUUGGAGAGCUCGCUGGAAAAUCGACUAUUGAAACUUGUCUCAAUGUUACGUUACUAUCUGCCUCUGUGGUGAUGGCAGGAACAGGAAAUCUCGAUGUCAUGAGAAUCUGCAGGCAGAUCAGAACGAGGGUGGGACCAGCAUCAAGUGUUGUCACUUAUGGAUCCCAUCUGGCAACUCAUAUGGCUCUGGGACUGCUGUUCCUGGGGGGUGGCAGGUACACACUGUCCAAUAGUCCGAGUGCAGUGGCUGCUCUGAUUAUUUCAUUAUUCCCCAAAUUUCCAACACACAGCAAUGAUAACAGAUAUCAUCUCCAGGCACUGAGGCAUCUCUAUGUCCUCGCUGUUCAGCCCAGGCUUGUCCUCCCCAGGGAUAUCGACAGCAGGGUACACUGUUAUGCCACUUUGAAAUUGACAUUCAGGUCGGAGAAGCUGGAGAGGGGCCAGGAGGUAAUCAUGAAGGCACCCUGUCUCCUACCACAACUCGAGAGCCUCCAGAGGGUCGAGUUGAAAGACGACAGGUACUGGGAGAUUGUAUUCGAGAGGGGACACAACUGGCAGCUACUCGAGGGAAUGCUUGAUAAAUGUGACACACUCGAUGUCAAACAAAAAGCUGGCUGUCUACCUUAUGUGGAGGAUCCUCAGGGUUUUAGGAGUCUCGUUGCGCAGACUCUCACAACUGAAAAUGUCAUCCCCUGGGCUGCACGACAGGAACAUGUUACCAGUUUUACUAAUGACAGAACUGUAUUGAAUAUUGUCAAGUAUUUCCUGCAAAAAAGAGCGAGGGAGACUGUGGAGGAGAAGAGUGAGUUCUCGGGGGUGAGCAAAAUCAGCUCCGGGUAUGUCUCUAAGAGCUUCGGUGAUAGUCUGUCGGAGAAGAUGGAAAUCGGGGAGAACUCAUCACCUGUCAGAAAUCAACAGGGUCUUGUUAAUAUUCAGGAUGAAUUCAGGGAGAUGUCAGAGAGCGAGAGGUACUUCCUCCAGACUCUCGCUAUCAUUGUUUAUGAAUGUGUUAUCAAGGAUAAGGUGAGCUUGCUGCCUCUCUGGGUGAAUUUGUAUAAAAGUGUUGAGGUCAGUGAGAAGAGACCGAGCAAUUAUCUCAUUUGGCAGAUCAAACUCGUCGCCGCUCAUGUUCUCACCAGGUGUCAGGUGGAGGAUUGUAAUGCUCUUCUCAGUGUUGAAAGUGUUCUCGCUAUCAAGCAAAGGGUUUCACUAAUUCUGGAUAUGUGGGAAGAAGAAUUACGGCCAGUGUUGAAAAAAUACAUUGAAACCGGUGCAAUCAGUGGCGAUGUAGAAACCAUGAGGAAAUUCACAGCCUAUUGCACAUAUUACGAUAUUCCAUAUACGAGUGCACCUUCUGGAAUUGUUGACUUGAAUCCUUUUAAUCUUCAACUCCCUCUGCCCGAAGUAACGCUGUACAAAUUGUAUAAAUUGGGUGAGAGUUGAAGCGAGAGAUUGCAAUGAAAUUUUU